UUGUCCAAGGGCGGCGUGCCCAUCAAGUCUCGAAUUUGGGGACUGACCGGCGAUGACACGACCCAACAAUUGGCGGGCUUCAGCCGAGGGAGGCGGUGGCUUUCGAGUUCUGGAGGUCGUCGAACAUGGGCUCGGCGGCUGAAAGCGGAAAUUGAAGAGUAUGGAGGUUCGCCUUGGUCAAAGAGGCCUGAAAAUUCACCCAUCAAAAUCCAAAUUAAUCUGUUAGCGAAGUGGAGAAAGAAGAUGAGUGGACGGCUCAACUUCUUUUGCGGGCUGAGAUAUGCCGAUGCGAUUGGGAGCCCGUCAAAAUCCAAAUACGGUCUGAUUUUUGAAACUAUGCCAUGGAAUUUAGAUUAA